AUGACCACAUGGGCUGCUGGAGGGAGUACGGCUGUCACUUCCUGGGCCACCUCUGGGUCUUUGUUUAGGUCUGGCUCUGGGUCCAGGUCUGGCUUUGGGUCCAGCUUUAUCUCUAGGUCCUUCUUUUCCAGCCUGUGUCUGUCUCUGCUGCUAGCACUGCUGCUCGCCCUUUCCCUCCCUGUGGUUGUCUGCCAUCAACCUCUUUACAGAGGCAGGCUCCAGCCAACCAGCCCCAGCCCCAGCAGCCCUUUUAGGGCGCCAGUGAACAGUUCCCUGGCUGCAUCCAGGGUUGGAGUGACUGGGGAAACUGGAGGUCCCUUGGAAGGUAUUAGGGUUCCGCUGGGGAGGCACGUACGCAGCUACAACCACCUGCAGGGAGAUGUGCGGCGGAGGAAGCUCUUCUCCUUCCAGAAGUUCUUCCUGCGGAUCGAUACAAAUGGCAGAGUUAAUGGGACCAAGAGCAGAGAGGACCCCCUCAGUAUUUUGGAGAUCACGUCGGUGGAUGUGGGGGUGGUGGCUAUCAAAGGCCUGGGCAGUAACUAUUACCUGGCUAUCAGCAGGAAGGGUGAGCUGUACGGAGCGAGAGAGUUUGGCAUUGACUGCACACUGAAGGAGCGUAUUGAGGAGAACGGCUAUAACACCUAUGCCUCAGCCGAGUGGAGGAACAAGAAGAGACAGAUGUUUGUGGGGCUGAGUGUCCACGGGAGGCCACUGAGAGGGAAGAAAACAAGGAGGAGGAAAAUGGCCACCCACUUCCUCCCCAUCAUGGUGUGAU